CCGCCGCCGGGAAGCCCUCCGCCCUCUCACGCCGCCGUCCCGAGGAUCUCAAAGCGUCGGAAGCGCCCCCCCCCCCCGACACACACACACACACACACACACACACACACCGACCGGUUUCUCCAGGUCUUUCCGCGGGAACACUUGCCCUUCCCAAUAUGCAAUUAACGCAUCAACUAGAGCUGUUUCCUGACUGUAGGGUGACCCUCCUCUUGUAUAAACACCUACGAAAUGCCGGCGAUUUAAGAAGGAUGGCAGUGGAAGGUUUAAUUGAUGCAGCCUUACUGAAUCCUACAAUGAUUCUCGAUCCAUUUCAGGUCCUGGUGGCAGCAAACAAAGCAGUUCACCUCUCCAGGCUUGGUAAAAUGAAAACGAGAACGCUGUAUACGGAAAUUAUUUUUAAUCUGUCUCCGAACAAAAACAUUUCAGAAGCUUUCAAAAAGUUUGGCAUCUCAGAUGGCGAUACGUCCGUUUUGGUGGUCUUCGUUGAAGAGGGAGGGAAAAAAACAGAUCGCGAAGGCCUCACGUCCCAAGUAGAAGGUCAGCAAGUUUCUCUAGAGGAACUCCCUGAAAUAACGGACAUCUCAAAAGUCAAAAAGGUAUACAAACUUACCCCCCAAGAGGAAAAGAUUGGAACGUUAUUGGAUAGCGUCAUUUGCAGAAUGGCGACCAAAGAUGUUUUGUAAGAAUAAAAUCAUUUCCAAAAAA